AUGGAAAUUGAGGAGGAGACGCUCCCACGAUACGACCCUGAUAAAUUCUUGCCAGUGCGCGUCGGUGACAUCCUCCACGAAACAUAUCGCGUGACUGCGAAACUCGGUUUCGGCACAUCGUCCACGGUUUGGUUAUGCAGCAAUGUCAAGACAGCCGCGUACUACACACUAAAAGUGUGUAUCGUUGAUGAGAAAAAUUCCAAAGAAAUCCUCGUGUCCAAGCACGUUCAAUCAAUCCAGGCCGAACAUCCAGGCCGGGAAAGAUUGCGGAUAGUGGUAGAUGACUUCGAGAUUGCAGGUCCUACUGGCCAGCACCAAUGUCUACUCUUCGCUCCGCAGGGCAUGGCAUACACGGACUUUCUUCGCCGUUUCCCUGACAAAAGUAUCAACAAGAUUCUUCUGCAGCAGACUCUACUCUUGACUCUGCUUGGGUUGGAUUUCCUUCACCAAGCCGGGAUUGUGCACACCGACCUGUCACCGAACAAUCUCUUGCUAGGAGCUAAUGACCAUACUGUGUUUCGGAACAUGGAAAAGGAACACCACGAGAACCUCAAGCGUAGGCUGAAGUCGGGCGAGCGCAUCAUUUACCGGUCGCAAGCCAUGCCGAUCACCAGUGGUGCCCCGGUCAUCUCUGAUUUUGGCGCUGCCUAUAUUGGACUCCCAGACCAGAAGUUCGAGGGUGACAUAAUGCCCAAUUUCUAUAGAGCCCCUGAGGUCAUCUUGGGGAUGCCGUGGGAUUCCAAAGUAGAUAUAUGGUCUAUUGGUGUCAUGAUCUGGGACUUAUUCGAAGGCGGGCGCAAUCUCAGCGAUGUACAGCAUCUUGCUGAGAUGGUGUCGCUGAUGGGCCCGCCACCUGCUGCGUUUUUGAAGCGCAGCGAGAAAUGCAGCCAAUUCUGGGAUUCCGAAGGCAAUUGGAUUUGUGACACAGAAAUUCCUCAGCAGUCCUUCGAAACCCGUGAAAAACGACUCGCUGGCGAAGAUAAGGUUCUGCUAUUGGCCUUGGUUCGGAAGAUUUUGCGCUGGAUGCCAGAAGAACGGCCAUCAGCUGAAGACCUUUUUGAGGACCCAUUCUUGACGCAGUAUCAACAUGAGAACACUGCUGGUGUCUAG